AUGCGUUUAAAAACACUUUGUAGAGAUCGUGCCCUUUUAGAACUCGAAGGUGCUAUUGUUAAUGGAGAUCAAAUGAAUUUGUCAAAUAAUGUAUCAAAACCAAUUCAUCAUCGAUCAAAUACAUCAUUUGCUUUUCCAACAUCUUUCAAUUCUGAAAUAUCUUAUCCACACCUUACACCAUCAGCGGAUUCAAUUCAUGAAAUGAGUAGUUAUUCAUUUCGAACAACUGAUACUCUAACAGCAUCACAAGCUUCAAAUAUGUCAUCAUAUAGAAAUCUGCAAGCAGCUUAUCUUGAUCGUGGUAUUCGAGUACAUUUAAGUCCAAGAAAAGCAAUGUCAGCAAGACAAGCUAAAUCCGAAAGACAACCUAUUAAUGAUGCUCGCCCAAAUACCGCAUGUGUUAGACGAAAUCCACGUAGAUUGUCGAAUACACUUCAAGAUACAAUUAUCAAUCAAGAUCCUCAUAUUGAAUCUUAUAGUACAUUACAACAAGAAUCUGCAAAUGAUUUUGAACAAAUUCAUACACAAAAUGGAUCUAAUGGUGAAUUAUCUUCUUCAAUGGAUGAAGAUGAUAAUUACUAUACAACAUCGUUUAUAACUAGCGAACAUUAUAAUCCUUCAAAAAAAUCUUUAACACAUACUAUAAAACCCACAACACCAAUUGAUGAUAAUGAUCCUGAUAUUGUAUAUAUGAGUACAUUAUUAAAAAAAGCACGUGUAGAAUCUGGACGAGAUACAAUUCGUCGACAUGGUCCUAUACGAAAAACAUUUAGUGCACGACCAUAUUCAUUUGAAAAUAAAUCUGUUCAAGAAAAAUCACCUAUAAAUAAUACAAACUCAUCAACACGAAAUUUAACUGAUACAACUAUUCCUAUCCUACCAUCAAAAAAACUUGAUCAAGAUAUUUUGAAACAUGCAUCACGUCUUCGACACGAUCAUUCAACAAAAUCACAUACCGGUCGUAUUAAUAGUGCAUCAUCUCGAGAUAGUUCUGAUACUCAUAAUAAUAGACAUAAUUCACAUCGUAAAAUCUUAAAAUCAAACAAUCAAGAAUCCGAUGAACAUCAUCUUCAUCCACCACGUGUAAAAUCAUUAACAGUCGAUGAUCUACCUUUAACUAAGACAUUAUCAAUUACUCGUAAUCUGAAAACUUCAACAAAACAUAUUAAAUCAACGAAUGAAAAUGAAUAUACAAAUUUUUCGUCAGUAGACGAACAAUCAAAUUCAAGUUCAUCUUCAAAUAAAGGAAAUUUAUCAUUAAUGCGAACAUCUCCAUUGGAUAUAAUUCCUCAAUCAAGUCUAAUGGAAUCAAGUUGGUAUGAUCAAAGUAAUAGUGGUUCUGGUGAUGGACAAAGUUUGUCAUCUUCAAGUAUGGUACACCUACCAGGUUCAAUAUUAGCAGGACAAUUAACUCAUUCCGCUACACGUCGCUCGCAUAAGAAAGUUUCAUUUUAUGAAGAACCUCGAACAGUUAUAUUUCCAGCAACAACAACAACAUUUGCAUAA